UAAAAUAUCAGACACUCUUGGAAUAGACAGAUUAUCGACUUGGAGACAUUUGAUUUAUUUUACUACAUUAUUUUUUAUCACACAGUCUGCUUAAAAAUUUGUUACUGAAUUCAUUGGGCCAUCUGUCGUUUCAAUAAUCCCUAGGAUAACUUUAAGACUCGAAAAACUGAAGAAUCAACUUACUGCGUUAAGAUGGAAUACAUGACAUUGUGUAAAAAGUGAGCGACGAAGCACCCACCACCCAUGAUUCAAUCCUUUUACGCUCUUGUGUCUCUUUAGUGUCUCUUACCAACCAAGUCUUCAACAUCUUCAGUUUGUAAUUGGCGGUUGUUGCUUCUGCUGGCACGUGUAAACCUCACAAUAGCUCGUUUUUUUACAUUGGAUUUAAAAUGUCGCCUGAUUGGCGAUCUUUCUAUCUCUGUUUAAUCGUUAUUCUUCUUCAAGGAAAUAUUUGCCAAGUUACAGCACAAAGUCGAUUUAAAACAUGUUGUGAUAUUGGAACAUCUUGGGCAAAAGAAGAUUUAAGAUGUGAGAAAUAUACCGGGCCUGUCCCGGGAGUUCCUAAAGCUGAACAAACUUUAUGUUUGGAAGCGAUAGAUAUUUGUUGCGUUCGUGCUUAUCAUGAGAAAGGAUGUGAGAAAGGUAAACAAAAUGCUCGUAAAGGCCUGGCUUGUGCGGAAAGUUCAAACAUCAAUUUAGGAUCAUCUAGAUCUCAAAACAAUCAACGAGAUUGUUGUGAAGGCUGUAAAUUAGGAAUACUUACGGGUGCUAUGGGUCAAGGAUGUACUCUUAGUGAUUUUUCAUUUGGUAAUCCCUGGGAUCCAGCAUUUUUAGAAUGUUGUAAUGAAGCUUUAACAUCUACAACAAUAUUUUCUACAAUUGCUGAAUCAAAAAAAACCUCUACAAGUAGUGAUGAUGAUACGAGUUUUAAUAAAACAACUAAAUCGUUAACAACAUUGACAUCAACCCAUUCUAGUGAUUCAUUAACUACUUCAUCUACUUUGAUUUUCGAAUUUUCAACUCCCAUUUUGAUGUCGUCAACUCUUUCUUCUAAAUUAGACAAUAUUUCAACAACUUUAUCUACUUCAGAUUCAUCCACUUAUAAAUUUUCGUCUUUUGAUGGCCAGACAACUGUUCCAACUCCUCCUAUUGAUGAUAUUUGCGUUUUAUUAAAAGGCCUUUUAUGUUCUCAUAUUUGUAUUCCUACACCUGGAUCUUAUUAUUGUAAAUGUCCAGAAGGUUACGUUCUUUUAGAAGAUGAAAAAACAUGUAGAACAGAUGGCCCAAUAAAUCGAUGCGAGUCAGAUAAUCCAUGUGAACAUCGUUGUAUAGAUACUGGAACAGAUGUUAAAUGUGAGUGUGAUCCAGGUUUUCAUUUAGCUAAAGAUAAUCAUUCGUGUGAAUUAAAAUUAUCGCAAGUAAAUACUACAACUUACAAAACUACAACUAAAUCGAGAGAUAGUAAUAAAACAAAAUCGAAAUGCCCACCAGGAUAUCAAUAUAAUUUAACAGCUCGCGUCUGUGAUGAUGUUGAUGAAUGCCAGGAAAAUCCUUGUUCACUAGAAAAUAAGUGUGAAAAUGUUGUUGGGUCUUAUAUUUGUAUUGCCAAUAAAAAAGAGUUUUUACACUCAAUAAUAGAAAACCAACGGGAUGUAAAAGAAUCCUGUCCACCAGGAUAUCAAUGGGAUCAGUUGCUUGAAAGUUGUAUUGACAUUGAUGAAUGUAUUGAACUUGCCGAAUCACCUUGUCCUAAUGAUACUCAUCUAUGCGUCAAUACCCAGGGAAGUUUUGCUUGUCACAAACUGACGGCAUCUAAAUCUUGUCCAGCAGGAUUCAAAUUUAAUAUCACUACUAAAACAUGUCAAGAUGUUGAUGAAUGUGCUGAAGGGCUUCACGGUUGUUUAGCACAAGUUGAAGAAUGCAGAAACACAGAAGGAGCGUAUGAAUGCGAUGUUCAAUGCCGUAAAGGCUUUUUUUUCAGUCGUAGUUUAGGAAUUUGUCUUGAUGUAAAUGAGUGUCGAGAAAUUGAUAAUCCAUGUCCUGGUAUCAGAUCUAUUUGUGUAAACACUCCUGGAGCUUAUCAAUGUAGAAUGCCUUCAGAAGCAUCAGAAAUCUCAAAAGAUCAUUUUAAUGUAAAUGACAAUGAUAAUGAAUUAAUUGAUAAUGAACUAGCGGCGACGAAGAACGUUGAAAAUAAUUAUGUUGUUAGUCAGGCUUAUUUAAACAAGUCUUUAUUUUCAUCUCCAAUAUCAUCAGCCAAGUUUUCAGCGCUUAGAGAUUCUGUAUGCGAACUAGGAUAUCAUAGAGAUGGAAAUACAUGUGUGGAUAUUGAUGAAUGUACAGAAGGCCCAGGUUGUCAGGAUCAUGAACGUUGUAUUAAUCGUCUUGGUGGCUACGACUGUCUUCCAUUAUGUAACACAGGAUGGUUUUUUGAACCAUUCACUAAACAAUGUCAAGACGUUGAUGAGUGUCUUCUUGGUCGACAUAACUGUACAGAAAUUACGCAAAUUUGUAGAAAUACUAACGGUUCAUAUGUGUGUGAAACGGUAACCUCAUGUUCUCCAGGAUUUCGACGUAUCUUUAAUGGGUCUUGUGUUGAUAUUGACGAAUGUAAUGAAAAGCUUCAUACAUGUUCCUCAAGUUUACAUCAAUAUUGUGUAAAUCGGAUUGGAACUUAUGAUUGUGUCACAAGACUUCCUGAGUGUAUGGAUGGAUACAGAUAUUCUUUAGCAAGCCAACAAUGUGAAGAUAUUAAUGAAUGUAUUACAAGAUCUCCAUGUGACGCAAGAUUAUCUGAAAAAUGCAUUAAUUUACCUGGUUCUUACAAAUGUGAAAGACCAGCAACGAUCAUUCAUACAAGACGACGUCCCGCUUGUCCUACUGGCUAUCAGUAUGAUUCUCGUACAAGACAAUGUGAAGAUAUUAAUGAAUGUGAAGAGCAAGAGCAUCUAUGUAGUGAAAGAGAAGUUUGCUAUAAUCAACCUGGUGGUUACAGUUGUGCUAAAUUACCAGAACCACUUACUGAAGUUACUACCAUAGAAGAUAAAGAGUUAUCAACACCUAAUUUGAAAAAUUUACAAAAAUGUGCCGAGGGAAUGAAGUUUGUUAGAAAUCGUGGAUGUACCGAUAUUAAUGAAUGUGAAGAAAUAGAAGAUGCAUGUACUAGUAAUGAAGAAUGUGUAAAUACUAUUGGCAGUUUUACCUGUAACUGUCGAGUAGGAUUUAGACGAGAAAAUUUAACUUUGGCCUGUGUUGAUAUUAAUGAAUGCCAACUUCAAAAUGACUGUCUUCCAUCACAACGUUGUGAUAAUACUCUUGGAAGUUAUAACUGUGUACGAUUCCUUCCUUGUGGAACUGGAUACACUCUUAAUGCAGCAACAGAAAUUUGUGAAGAUGAUGAUGAGUGUCUUUUAGGUACUCAUGAUUGUGGAGAGGGUUAUCAUUGUCGUAACACACUAGGUUCUUAUCGAUGUGAUAAAAAUCUACGUAACCAGACUACUCGUACCUUCUCAAAAACCACUCGACCACUUAUUCAAAGUACUACAGUUAUGACUAAAAUAAUAUCAAGAACCACAACACCAAUAAUUGUAACAGAAAGACCAACUAUACCAAUUGCAGAAUCUACUACAGUUACUCCGUCAAUUGAUUCACGUUUUCAAUCACAAACUGAACCUAAGCCAUGUCCUUCAGGUUUUGAACGAGGAUCAAGUGGACAAUGCAAUGACAUUGAUGAAUGUCAGCGAGGACCUGCUAAUCCUUGUGCACACUCACCUCUUCAAAGAUGUUUAAAUACUAUUGGAUCUUAUCGAUGUGUAUCUAGAGUUAUUUGUGGGCCCGGAUGGGUAUUAGAUCCUGCUACUUCCCACUGUAUUGAUGUUGAUGAAUGUGCCGAAAAAAGUCAUGAAUGUGGACCUGAACAAAUAUGUGAAAAUCGUCAAGGCGGUUACGUAUGUUCAUGUCCACCCGGACAUGUAAUUGGACCAAAUAAGGAUUGUAUUGAUAUUGAUGAAUGUAGUGUCUUUGGCAGCAAAAUAUGUGGAAAUAAUGGGCAAUGUGUCAAUACUCCUGGAUCGUAUCAGUGUACUUGUAAUGAAGGUUUUCAAAAAUCACGAAAAGGAACUUCUUGUCAAGAUAUUAAUGAAUGUGAAAAAACACCUGGAAUCUGUCAACAUGAUUGUAUCAAUAUUUGGGGAAGUUAUCGAUGUUCUUGUAGACAUGGCUUCAGACUUCAUUCUGAUAAACGAUCAUGCACUGAUAUUAAUGAAUGUGAAGAGUUUAAAGAAAAUAAUCUUUGCGUUGGAAUAUGUGAUAAUACUCCUGGAAGUUAUUCUUGCAGUUGUCCCGAAGGAUAUAGACUUGGAAUUGAUGGUAGAACAUGUCAAGAUAUUGAUGAAUGUGCUACUGGCCGUGUCUGUCAAAAUCCAAGUGAAAUGUGUCAAAACACUAGAGGUAGUUUUCGAUGUAAUAAAAUUAAUUGCCCAUCAGGAUAUCAUUUAGAUCCUCAAAGAAGAAACCGAUGUGUUAGAUCUUCUCGUUACUGUUCGAGUGAUGAUUUGGCAUGUUUCCGAUCACCAUCCCAUUAUUCGUAUAAUUUCAUCACAUUUGUCAGUAUGUUUCCUCUACCACCAACAGGACAAUUAGAAUUAUUCACCAUGAGAGGUACGCAUUUACCAGGAUCUAUAAUGAGGUUUAGUAUGGCAUUAGUAGAUGCUAGAGCACCACCGGGAAUUACAAGAGCGACAGAAUCUUGUUUUGCUCUUCGAAGACCAUCACCUACCCAAGCAAUUCUCGUUCUUACACGUAUGCUACCCGGUCCUCAAGAAAUUGAACUUGAUCUUAGCAUGGAAAUUUAUCAUAAGACUACUUUUGCUGGUAGUGCAGUUGCUAAAAUCUUCAUUUACGUCACACAAUAUGAAUUCUAAAUUCUUUUAAUAUUACUAAAUUAGGUUUUAAUAAAUCAAUAUUCAAGGAUAAUCAAUAAUGUAAGAGUAUAAAAUAAAGACAAAAAGAAUAAAUUAGUUUGAGAUCGUUGUAUUGGCUUAUAAAUACAGUUUUGCUGCAUAUAACACACGAGAUCCUUUCUCAAGUAUACACAAAUUAAGUGAAAGGAAACAAAAAAAAUUGUAUAAAAAAAAAUAAUAAAUACAUACAUAUAUAUUAUUAUUA